CCAUUGCCUUUUGUUUCCUAUCGAACAGACAAACCUUUAGCUUAGAAACCCACAUAAUACUCCCAGUUUGCGAAGCAGUCAGUCACUAAAUUUUGGUUACUUUUUCGGGAACCCAAAUUUAAAAACCUUAAAUUCAAGUCUCUAAUUUCGUUAAAAAAUUUUCAUUUUGGAGAAAACAUUUGGAGAGCAAACGUAUCAAAAUUUAUUGUGCUGCACAAAAAGUUUUUCGAAAAGUGAAUUAACGUUUUUAGAGCAGGAUGAAUACGACGUUUAAGGUGGCCCGACCGCUGAGCCACUUCUGGUGGCUUGGUAGUCGAAGGACGAUUCAAUUGGUUCUGGGUUCCACCAGGGCCUUUAGCUUCCGGGGGUUGCCCCUGGGGGUGAGCGAGCAGAGGCGGCGGUAUGGCAAUCGUAUGACCAUUGACGAUGCCACCCAAGCCCACAUAAAUCGCUAUGGGAAACAGCUGAGCCGGAACCAGGCCCCGGAGGAUCCUUGGAAAGACAACAACGAGUACUCGGAGAACUUUAAGGAUCGCCUCGACGAAAUGGGCUUCGAGGCCCAUUGCAACGAUCGCCUAUACAUCGCCAAGAACAAGAAGAGGGAGGCCCAACGCGUGUACGAAGAAGAGCGGGCGGAACGACGUGAAAAGGCGCAGAAGCGGUUCCACGAUCACUUCGUGAGCCAGGAGCCAGAGCUACGCAGGCGUAGCAUCCACCAGGAUCCCAUUGAGCACCAGAAACGCCAGCUAGAAAUCAUCGAGAACAAUCGCCGCCGGUGGUUGUCCCGGACAGAGGCCCAGCGGGAGGCUCACAAACCGGGCAUCACCUACCACAUGGAUUCCAGAACGCUAGAGGAGAUGGAGCAGGAGAGUUUGGACAAGACACGGGGCCAGGUGGAGACACAGAAUUCGUUUCAGCCUCCAUCGAGCAGUCCCGAGUGGCGGAAAAAGCAGCAGGAAAACGAUGAAGAUCAGUAUUGGCACACCUGGAACAGCUGCCCCGCCUCCCGGGAGCCAGAGACCGACGAACAGGUGAGACCGCAUCUUCGCCGCAAGAAGGUGGCGGUCCACCCCCCCGCCUACCCCCGGGACAACCUACGCCGCGGAUUCCAUUCGCUGCCCUCUUUAAGCCUCAAGCCCCGGACCAUUCAUAUGCUACGCAAGCGCCGACCCUCUUCUCUGGAGAAGCAGUUCCACAAGUACGCGCGCAAGUAUCGGGACGCAUGGGCUCCGGAGCUGGGUGCCCAGAACCCUGUGCCUGUACCCAAUGCCCCAAUGGUGCCCAAAAAGAAGAAAGAGAAUGAGGAGAAGAAGCCCAAGCGUAAGGUACAGCGUCGCACCGUCCAGCCACCAGUGUUCCGGAUGACAGUCAAGAGUCGCCAACCCGUGGCGCGUCCUGCAGCGCCCGUGAGCAGCUACUCGGGCAGAAUUCGCCAGUGAUUAGGAAGAAGGACUUCGUCGUUCGAUUAGUGAGGCUUGGCGCAUUCGCCCGCAUUCAAGCUCAUUAACGAGGGCGGACUACAUAAGACGGCAAAAUUCUUGUUUUGAAAAGCUAAUCUAAAUAUAGAUGACUCCGGCUCCGCAAGGGGCGUUAGUAUUAUCGUA